AUGAGAAAAAAAUUAAAGAAGACAUUUUUUCAGGGUACCGGGGCCAGAUUCUUCCUCCUGCUGUUCCUCCCUGUGGCCACUAGAGGGCGGUGUGCAGCAGCGACCCCUUCUGUUGAGAAGGUCUGGGAGGAGGAAACCUGCGUCCCUUACCUGUCUUUCCUACCUAGAAGCUGCAAGGAAAUCAAAACAAGUUGCCACAGAGCAGGUGAUGGCCUGUAUUACCUCCGCACUGAGAAUGGUGUCGUCUACCAGACCUUCUGUGACAUGACCUCUGGGGGUGGUGGCUGGACCCUGGUGGCCAGUGUCCAUGAGAACAACAUGCGUGGGAAAUGCACGUUGGGCGAUCGCUGGUCCAGUCAGCAGGGCAACAGUGCUGACUACCCAGAGGGGGAUGGCAACUGGGCCAAUUACAACACGUUUGGGUCUGCAGAGGCGGCCACCAGUGAUGACUACAAGAACCCUGGCUACUACGACAUCCAGGCCCAGGACCUGGGCAUCUGGCACGUGCCCAACAAUUCCCCCCUGCAGCACUGGAGGAACAGCUCCCUGCUGAGGUACCACACCGACACUGGCUUCUUCCAGAGACUGGGACAGAAUCUGUUUGGACUCUACCAGAAAUACCCAGUGAAGUACGGAGCAGGGAAUUGCUGGAGCGACAAUGGCCCAGCCAUUCCUGUUGACUAUGACUUUGGUGAUGCUGAGAAAACUGCAUCUUAUUACUCACCAUAUGGUCAGCGAGAAUUUGUUGCAGGGUUUGUCCAGUUCAGGGUGUUUAACAAUGAGAGAGCAGCUCACGCCCUGUGUGCUGGGAUGAGGGUCACCGGCUGCAACACUGAGCACCACUGCAUCGGUGGAGGAGGAUUCUUCCCAGAGGGCAAUCCUGUGCAGUGUGGGGAUUUCUCCUCCUUUGACUGGGAUGGAUACGGAGCUCACCGUGGUUACAGCUCCAGCCGGGAGAUCACUGAGGCAGCUGUGCUCCUGUUCUACCGCUGAGACCUGAGUGUAUGAGACACGGAAGCCAGCUCCUAAGUCCAGAAACUCAGAGAUGGAAAAAUGUUUCCAUUUCCUCCAACAAGGAAAGGAGAAUAAAUUGCAUCAUCUGUGACUCUU